AUGAAUUUCCUUUUGCCUAGAGACGAUUCCGAGGAGCAUUUAGGUACUAAAACAUGCUUCUAUUGCAACAAAGUUUUUAGCAGCCACCGAGCUUUAGGUGGCCACCUUAGGAUUCAUCAAGAUGGUAGGAUUUUGAGGGCCCCGAAUUACCCUGGUCGUUCCCGUAGUUCUGUGAACAAUACUGGGAAUCCUCCUGCAUCCCUACCAAACAGCCAACUGAACUCCUUUGCCAGUUUUAACAGCCUGAGUGCGAUCACUUCUAAUUCUGUGAACAAUUCUGGGAACCCUCCUGCAUCCCUACCGAACAGCCAACUAAACUCCUCUUCCAGUUUUAACAGCCCAACCCAGUUCAGUAUUAGUUCCGUGAACAAUAGUGGGAACCCUCCUGCAUCCCUACCGAACAACCAACUGAACUCUACUGCUUUUAACAGCCUGACUCUGCUCCCUGCAGCACACCUGGCAUGUGACUUCUCUUGGAUGAUCUACUUGAAUGAAACGAACCAGGUAAGUAGGAGCCAGUUCAUUGGCGGCUAUUCCGGAGUUCCUCUAAUUCCGGUUAUCUUGUCUCCUGACUUCUCCUAUGGCUACAGUUAUGGUGCAACUUAUCACCAUAACAGUCUUGCUUCGCGAGCAUUUGCUCCUGUUGGCAGCAAUGUGGACUUCCCGUAUGUCUGCAGUUCUUGUGCAGCUUAUUACCAUAACAUUUUGGCUUUGAGAGCAUUUGUUCCAGUUGGCAUGAUCGCAGCCAUGCCUUCUGCUGCAUUUGCUUUGUGCGGUAGUGUUGUAGCCCCUGGUUUUCUUGUAGAUUCUUCUUUAUUUUUGGGUUCAAAUGGAGUUCGUCAGUUUAAUACCAAUGAAUUUCAGAUUAGCCAGGUUACUCUGUCACCAUCCUUCGGAAACGCCUUGCCAAACGUUCAAGCUCAAAAUGCUAGUCCUCCAAGCGCGGUUUCAGCUAAUGUUGGUCGAUCUGAGAGGAGAAGUUCGGAUAAGAGGUCCCGUGAAGCUGACAGAUCCAGGAAUGCUGAGACUUCAAAUGCAUCAAGAAGGCCCAGGAUUGCUCCCAACGAACAUGUGGAGCAGGAGAAUCGUCCUAAAAAAGAGCUUCAACUCUUCGUGGAUGUUGUUGUUCCAAGUUCUUCAUCCGAAGCUAGUUCCAGUGCCGAGGAGGAAGAUCCGGUAGAUAUGGAUUUGUCUCUCCAUCUCUAGGCUUGUGUGUUUUCUCCCUAUGAUAAAGAAGCAAUAGUAGUAUAAAAUAAAGUAGUCUCGUAUCCUCCCCACCCCACCCCCCCCAAAAAAAGAAAAGAAAAAGCCGCUUAAAUGUAAUGGUAUUAUGCAUCAUCGAACUGUAUACAUUUUUCUUGUUAAGUUGGAACUUGUUUUUACAAUUGCUUUUUCUAGAAUCAUAUAGACAUGAGGGAGGGGAUACUAUCAGAACCGGAAACCCUUUCCGGACUUAGCUCCGAACGUAGAUGCAACAAUAGAUGUUUAACUUUUAGCAUUAUCACCUAUGGUUACCGACUUAUCCUUUCAUAUCGGAAUAUGGUAACUGUUCUAUGUGCUUGGAAGAUAUUAGAUAGAAAUGUUCAAUGUGAUGUGAGCUCUGGAAAAAGAUUAACCUAUUA